UCAGAAAGUCCUGAAAGGUUUGAUUUCGCGUUUGCUAUUUACCUCACUCGUGGGUCACAUUUCGUUUCGAGCACACAGUUGAGGAAUGCUGUGUUAACUAUGGGGUAAAUUUGGGUCAAAUGAAUGGACUUAUUUGCCAUUUUAACUCCAUAUUUAAUUUCAAACCACUUUCAAAGUAAUUCGUCCGGUUUAUUUAUGUGCUGGUUUACAGUGGCAGCGUAAACAAACCACCAUGGAAACGAGUGAAGGAAAAUAUAGUUAAAAUACUUUCAGACGAGAAACGCCAACGUUGCUUCUCUUAUUCGCUUUCGAUCUGGUGAUUUUCUACUUUUCAAUUGAAAUUAUUUUAUCCUGAAUUUCCGGAGAGGCCUGUAAAUGGAUCCAGCGGCUUUGCGUGAAAGUCCUGCGGGUUCAGGGGCUGGUUCGGCGGAGGAGAGAGGAGGAAAUCGGGCGCCGGAGGAGGAUGAGGGGACCGGUGAGGGCAGAGAGGCUGAUGGAGAGUCCGAGGAAGCUGACCUGGAGAGUAAAGACUCCAAAUGUCCAGAUGAAAACUUACUACAUGGAAAACUGACUGAGGAGGAACUGGAUCCUAGAAUCAAGGAGGAACUAGAAUGUCUAAAUGAGACCAGCGAGGAGAUUAACAAGAUGGAGCUGGAACUGCAAGAAGUUCGGUCCAGCCACAGAAGGAUAAUGAGUGAAUCUGUGCUUAAACUGAAGGGGAAAAGUUCAGAACUGGGUUCAUGCAUUGAGAAGGCCAGACCUUACUAUGAAGCACGAAGAAAAGCAAAAGAGGCCCAGCAGGAGACCCAGAAAGCGGCCCUCAGCUUUGAGAGAGCAGUUUCCAUGCACUCUGCCGCGCGAGAGAUGGUUCAUGUGGCUGAACAGGGUCUCACUGUAGUAAAAACACUGGAUCCAACCUGGCAGGAGAUGUUGAAUCAUGCUACCGCAAAGGUGAACGAGGCUGAAGAGGAGCGCUUGAAGAGUGAGCGCGAGCACAUGCGCGUCACUCAGCUGUGUCAGGAGGCUGAAACACGAGUGCUGGAGCUCCAGAAAUCCCUCAAGAGAUCAAUCGUCAAGUCCAAGUCUUACUUUGAGCUCAAGGCUCAGUUUAAUGACAUUCUAGAGGAGCACAAGUCAAGAAUUUUACAGUUAGAAGAUCUAAUUUCCAAAGCCAAGGUCAACUAUUCCAGCACAUUGCGCAACUUGGAGCAAAUCAGCGAGGAGAUUCAUGCGCAGAGGGGGCAGGACCAAACAAAGAACGGACCAAUCAACACAUGCAGUGGGCGGAGUCCUCCCGUAGGAGCAGAGACCGUCAGCAGCACAGGUACAGAGGGUGGAGCUUGCGGAGGCUAUAUGAGACCAAAUGAUUGGGUGCAUGGAAAAGAGGGCGUGGCUAAUGCCAGGGAGUGGGUGGAAACUCAUCCAGACUCUAAAUGGGUGGACAUGGGAAAAGGAGAGGUGACAAGGUCCGGUUCAGACUCUAAUUCCAUCGUCAGCUCCCAGACCAUCAUAUCUGAUCUUGAAAAGUGUGACUCUGUCGAACAUCUCAGUCGACUCAGCAGUUUUUCAGGGGAAGAAACCGAGAAAGACGAGGAGAAUAAGCUUAAAAAUAACAUCGACAUUUCUGAGGAGUUCCUCAAGCAACACAUCAGAAGUGUCAGUUUAUGAAUGCGAUCUUAAAUAAUAACGUCGCUGUUUUAUAGUUUUGAUAGUUUGAUAUAAAGAGCUUGAUUAUUGACUGACAGAGAGACUUGUUCAAUUAUUAUUUAUUGAGGAUUUUUAUCAGUACUUGAAAAGGAGACCGACCAAAAUAUGAUGGUGAUAAUAAUGAUUAUGUUGAACUCUGACUAAAUAAUUUUUACCCCAAAGAGGGCAAAUUUCUUAUGUAAGGGUUGGGUAUUUCAAAAAAUGUGUUAAUAGACUGACAAUAUUUGUACUACCAGUCCUUCUCUUUUAUUAGCCUAAUUAUUAAAAACUAACACAUAUUUCCUUUCCAUCCUAAUAAGCACCUUUGUUUUUCUAUGCAAAUGUAUAAAGCUGUAUUUUAAGGACGCGUCAGAUAUUAUAAUCUCUAUAGCUGACAUAAUCGUAAAUCAAGGCCGUUAUACUUUGUGCUGACCGCUGGUGAACUUUUGUUUGCUUACUGACACACUCUUUAAAGGUAAAAUCCCAUUAAUCUUUAGCUCAUGCUAGGAUCUAAAAUAUCACUAUUGUUUUCAGUUUAUUUUUAACUUAUUGUCUGUUUAUUUUAACAUAAAUCUCAUGCUGACUUGUUGGUCCACAAAUAAGUGACAAACACUGAUAGGUAGUUAUUUCUGCAUGCAUGAGGCUUACUUUAUGUUUGUCUCAUUUGCAUUUGUUUUAUUGCUAUUGAAAUACAGAUUGUGUGCUGUUGGGGAAAUAAAGGAUUGAAUGAUUUGUUUUUAAUUCUCAGGGCAGGGUUUGUAAAAAGCCUGCCACUAAACGUGUUUUGCUGUUUCAGACAAUCACUUUUUCUAUAUUUCAGAAUUUAUUUUGAUUAAAUGAAUUGGCAGGCAUCAUCGGAUGCUGUUCUUCAUGAUCUGUGUGCUUUGUACACCUUUGCUAACUCAGCGUGAGCAUUGGAUGUCAUUAUGUUGUUGUUAUUGUGUUUUAAAUGAAGAUGUGCAGUGUCGUGAUGUCGCGACGUCUGAUAGAACAAUAAAUGUGUGCAAAUCUAGAA